GCCGCGUGCCGCAGUAUGGCGGCUGCCGCGGGGGUGGCUCCGGUCCGCGCCCGGUUCCUCACCUCCAAGGAGCAGUUCCAUGCCUACCUGCGGGCCAAGGGCGAGCCCGGCGCACAGGAUGGUGCCAAGGGAGAGGAGGAGGAGGAGAGGGAGGACAUCAAGGAAGAGAAAGAGGAGGCUGGCAGCUGCCAAAGCGAACCCCCAGCCAAACGGGUGAGGUCAGAGGAUGUCACACAGGAUGGGGAAAGCCAAGAGGAUGCUGAGGCGGAGGAGAAGGAGCCUGUGGAGCGUAAACGGGCCCGUGGGCAGAACAAGAGCAGGCCCUGUAUGAAACCCAACCACUACGAGCAGAGCAGGCUGUGCCCCUCCGUGACACAGGGGUGUGCAGAGAAGUGCUACUUCGGGCCUCGGUGCCGCUUCCUUCACGACGUGGGCGAGUACCUGGCGCUGAAGCCGCCCGACCUGGGACGCAGCUGUGUGCUCUUCCAGACCUUUGGCAAGUGCCUUUACGGGGUCACUUGCCGCUUUGCCCAGGCCCACCUCGGGGAUGGCUUCCAGAACAUCACCAACCCUGACCUGGCCAAGCAGUGGGAAGGGAAGUUGCUGGUGAGGAACAACCUCUCCAAGGAGCUCCAGCAGCGGCUGCGCAAGAGGAAGUUUGACUUUAAGAAGGCUGAGGAGUAUCUCCGUGGGCUGGGGAAGCCCCAUGGCAGUGGUGGGAAGGGAGGCAAAGCCAUGGGGCACUCUGCAGAGGAGCAAGAGGUGUCCAAUUGCACAACAGUCCAGGAGGGUCUGGGAGACAGCUCUGAAUGUCCUGUAAUGGCAGAGCAGGCAGAAGAUCCCAAAACAGAUGCUCUGCAGGGUCCUGACCUCACGGGUGGUGAGGAGGCUUCCUCCAUCAAAACAGUGGGCCCAGUGACAGAUGAAGAUGUUAUAAAGCCAAGGUUGUGUGAGAAGAAGAAGUUGGCAAUCCAAGGCAAGCUCUACUUGGCUCCACUGACCACAUGUGGUAACCUCCCUUUCCGAAGGAUAUGCAAACGUUUUGGGGCAGAUGUCACCUGUGGAGAGAUGGCUGUGUGCACAAACCUGCUCCAGGGCCAGUCCUCCGAGUGGGCUCUCCUCAAACGGCACCACACCGAAGAUCUUUUUGGGGUGCAGCUGGAAGGAGCCUUUCCAGACACCAUGACUAAAUGUGCAGAGCUCCUGAAUCAGACAAUCGAAGUGGACUUUGUAGACAUCAAUGUUGGGUGUCCCAUCGACCUGGUCUACAAGAAGGGAGGUGGUUGUGCUCUGAUGACUCGAUCCAACAAGUUCGAACAGAUCGUCCGAGGGAUGAACUCGGUGCUGGAUGUCCCACUGACUGUGAAGAUACGAACAGGGGUGCAAGAAAAGAUUAACGUGGCUCACAAAAUAAUCCCCAGGAUCCGGGAGUGGGGAGUGUCCAUGGUCACGCUUCACGGCAGAUCCAGGGAGCAGCGCUACACGAGGAGUGCUGACUGGGACUACAUAGCAGAGUGUGCCAAAAUAGCAAGCCCCAUGCCUCUUUUUGGAAAUGGUGACAUUUUGUCUUAUGAAGAUGCAAAUCGAGCCAUGCAGAUGGGUGUGUCAGGAGUUAUGGUUGCAAGAGGGGCACUCAUCAAACCAUGGCUUUUCACUGAAAUCAAGGAACAGAGACACUGGGAUAUCUCCUCCAGUGAGAGGUUUGAUAUCCUCAAAGACUUCACCAACUAUGGCCUUGAGCACUGGGGGUCAGAUACUCAGGGAGUGGAGAAAACCAGGAAGUUCCUGCUGGAAUGGCUCUCGUUCCUCUGCAGGUAUAUUCCAGUUGGGUUAUUGGAACAGCUACCUCAAAAGAUUAAUGAGCGGCCUCCCUACUACAUGGGGAGGGACUAUCUGGAGACACUGAUGGCGAGUCAGAACGUGGAUGAUUGGAUUAAAAUAAGACCCUGCUGAGGGCGUGUUGCCAAAGACUCUAGAAACAAGAAAUCAGCAGGCGUAAACUGACCUUUAUUCUCUGAGAAAUGGAAUGUUCCACGGACAGAAACGCUGAUGUUUGACCAAGAACACGUUUAUUAAAAAACAAAAACGGAAGAAACCAAACCGACAAGUUGAAUAUUUGGCUACAAUGCAGCAGCAGCCUCGCUGUUAAUCACAAAUUCAAAGUGACCCUUGGUUAAUAAAAUUCACCACCAUUGUC